GUAACGAGGUUUGGAAAAUAAGGAAAAAUCGUAUCCCCGUCUGCGUGAAAAAAGUUUGCAGCUGUGCUGAUGCGCACACACUUUGUGAAGUUAGUUGGUGUGGAUUCCUCAUAGUGUUUCCGGAGCUUCUUCCGUCUGUAUCGCACCCUUUCCGACCACAAAGCUCGUCAGGACCGCGAGCCACCGAGUGUGUCGCCCAGGAAGAGUGAGCAGGAAAAGGGAAUGCGGCGAUUUUCUGGUCAGGUCCUCAAACCAAAACCACCUGAAAACCUUUUCUCCCCGAUGUGAUCGACGUACCAAUGACACAUGAGUGAACGGUGACAACUCCAAGCCAGUGGUUCAAACCCGUCAGCGGUAUGCUUGGGAUGUUAGUUUUUCUGCUUCUGUGUUCCAAUUUCCCACCUUUGCUACUGUUCACUCGUUCUUAUCGGUUCCUGUAUUCUUCGGAAUAUCUUUAGCGUGUCGGUCUGUGUCGGAAGAACACAGGCAGGUUUGGUUGCGCUGCGCGGAAACGAGGCAGUUGGUGGAUGGAACCGACUUGCACGGUGUGCGUUUCCUUCUGCUCUGCACUCGCGUUAUCCUCUUUUCGUUCAACGCUGGAAACUACCCAUGCGGUGGAAAGACGCUACGUGGAAUGUGUUUGUGUGCAUCGCCACUGUCGCGCUUUCCUCCUUCACAACAGAAAUGAGGGCAGAACGUACUUCUGGUCAGGAUGGACCAAAAAGCAAGCUGCAACCGUCGCUGUGUCUGUCAAGAUGCCUACUCCUCCUUGUCGCCACUCUUUCGUUGCCGCUUCUCAUUCUUCCCACGCCUUUCGUCCGUCCCGUAGCAGGGGUCGUGUUUCUUGCCACUCUUUGCUUCGGUUUCGUUCGCCACUUCAUUCCGUACUGGGACGAAAGAAUGAAGAGGAAAGGUGUCACGGGAAGAGACAUGCACAAACCGCUUCCCGCUCCUGUCCUCUCUGAGGGCAUGGGCCUCGUCUCGGCGUUCGUCUUCGUCCUCGCAGCUGUUGCGUCGCAGGUGCUUCUGAAAAAUGACGACAAAAAGCUGGUGGAAUAUAACGCAGGCCUUUUGUCCAUCACGCUCAUGACAUUUCUCGGCUUCGCGGACGACCUCUUGGAGUUGCCCUGGAGAGCGAAGAUGUUGACGCCUCUGGUUGCAUCGGUUCCGCUUCUUGUCGCGUACACGGGCCGCACCACCAUUCUUCUUCCCGACUGGGUCUUUCCCUUUGUCGACUCGCUCGCUGCUUUUCCAGCUUUGCUGGAACAGUCUCUCUCCGUCUGGAUAUCUCCAGCGACGGUAGCUCUCCGCACCUUCUGGGCGUCCGUAGUGGAUUCGACUGGUGCAUUGUACAGCCAGCUUUUCGCUUCUGGACUGCUCAGCAGAGUCGGAAUGUCCCCGGAAGAGUUUUCUUUCCCUUCUUUGCUCGCAUCCCUCUUCGCGUCUUUCACAGCUUUUCUUCAAACGUUUUCCAGCUCGCUGUCGGGUCUCCUCACCGGCUACUGCCUCCUGCCCACUGCGUCCCCCACUGAGGCGCUUGCCUUCGCUGCUCCCCUUCCUAUUCCUUCGUCUCCCGCUUCUCUUCUCUCCUCUCUCGACACGCGUGACUCACACGACGCGCCAGGACCAUUCUCGGCGCCCGGGCCAGGCCUCGCCGCUGCGUGGCUUACCACAGCAGACGCCUUUGAUCUGCAGAGAAACGACAUGCGUAUCCACUCUCCGUCUGACAGCAUUCCCGCCGGAAGUACUGUCGGCUGGGGAACAGGCCCUCCAGUCGUUGUCGACCUCGGCGCUUUCUACUACGUCUACAUGGCCUUGCUCACUGUCUUCUGUACCAACGCAAUCAACAUUUACGCCGGAAUCAAUGGACUUGAGGUCGGCCAGUCGGUCGUCAUGAGCUUCUUUGUCAUUGUACACAACGUCGUGGAGAUCACGAACAACUGGCUACCUGGAAAUGCCUCUACUGAGGCGACACUCGUUUGGCGCCAGAAUUACUUUUCCCUCAUUCUCUCACUCUUCUUCUUCGCGUCUUCUCUCGGUCUCCUCUCCUUCAACUGGUACCCUUCUCAGGUCUUCGUUGGCGACACUUACACAUGUUUCGCUGGCAUCUACUUUGCUGUCGUCGGGAUUCUCGGCCACUUCUCCAGGACGCUGCUGCUGCUUUUCCUCCCGCAACUGCUGAACUUCCUUUUGUCCAUACCGCAGCUCUUCGGUCUUGUCGCCUGUCCGAGGCACCGGACGCCAAGGUAUAAUGCAGCCACUGGGAAGCUCGAGAGCUCGGGAAACCUCACGCUCAUCAACCUCAUUCUGACGGUCGCAGGGCCCAUGACGGAGAGGAAGUUGCUUAUUGUCCUCAUUGCUCUUCAGUUAUGCUCGUGUUCUGCCGGCCUUCUGAUUCGCUAUUCCUCUGGGAUUUACAUGCUCUUCCUCUGAGGACCGAGUGCACCGAGAAAAGCGUCAGAAAUUGUCUGUGGUUGGCUCCUUUUUGGGCUGCCACUUGUAGGCAUAUACACUGAUACAGAAAAUUGAGUUUGUGCUUUGUUGCAUGUUUUGAGUGAUCAGAGGGAACGUGCCGUUGCAUGCUCUGCUCGGCUUGCAGAGGGACAGGUAGCGGACGGCAGCAUGCGCACAGAAAGAAACCCGUUGUACGAAUGUUGUUGUUUAUGCGCUACUUUAGCAUUUGAAUGUUUGGAGAUAAAUCUCAUGUUUGUUAUUGUUUUGAAUCUACGUUGCCAGCGAAUCACUGUUGUUUUUUCCGACAUACAGCGCCUCAAACGGAUGUCUUUGGCCUAUAAGUACCAC